AUGAUCGGCACCAACACAGCAGCACAUAUCGGCCGAUGUGCCGUGGCCGGUAUGGCCGAGUGGCGGACCUGCGCAUCACCGAGCAGGCGAUUCGCAAGGCUCACGCAGCUUGCAGAAUCUGAGGAUAUCGACAUGUCUCUCUACGUCGAUGACGACCGCCGACGCGACAGGUCGCGCUCGCGUGACCGUCGUUCCCGCAACGAUCCCCCGGAGAGACCUCCGUACGGCGAUGUGAGGGAGCCUUCAUAUGUCUACCCCGAAGACGAUCUCGACAGCCGGUACCAGCCGCGUGAAACGAACCAGGGUGGUGGCGUGCCUUACCCAGUAGAGGGGGGCAUUCACCAAAUGUUACCUGGGGAAGACAGGCUGUACAAUUACGAAGACUACCAGCCCGCGAAACGUGUUGCAUCACCGUACCGAAGCUCCCGCGAAAAAGACGAACGCAAAUCAUAUCCAGGAGCGUUCCCGGACGACGACCAGGGACCACCCCAGGUCGUCACAGCCGAGCCGCGGGAGUCCAAGCUGGAGAGACGAGAGCGGAAGGCACGAGAGCAAGAAGGCGAUAGUGGACGACGAAGCCGGUACUCCGCGGCGAAGGAUGAGCGUGUCUCCGAAGACGAAAGACUCAAGUUUCUACCCGCAAAGUACAGCGUGCCAUCGAGCCCCGCCAACGACAAACCAAGGGACAGACCCGGCAGACAAGAUCUCGACGAUGACAAGUUCAGUUUCCUCCCCUUCAAGUACAAGGGCAGAAAGGACGAUGAUGAUUCUCAUUCAUCUGGUCGCGAAGACAAACUCGAGCGACGGAGACGCAAGAAGGAGCGCGAUGAGGACGACCUGGCUUACGGUAAGCUUUCGGGCCCGUCGCGAUCGGAGAGGGCGAAUUCGCCCCAAACCUAUGGGAGCUACUUGACAGGGUCCCAGUGGGAGGAUCGACCUUCUUCCAAGUAUCCUGUGGACGACCCGCGGCGACGGGCGCUGAGUCCACGCCCAAUCAGUUCACGCCCAGUAAGCCCUGCUGCUGAAGACCCCAGGAGAUCUGCUCGCUUUGAGGACUACCGCGAUCAAGACCCUCGUCGAUCACGACCUGACGUUCUUACCGUCGACCCAAGCGACAGGAAUAGGGAGUCAUCUCGCGACCGUCGCCGAGACAGGUCCCCCAACCCCGCCGGCUUGACAGUGGACACCGGCCAUCAUGAGCGUGAAAGAUCCAGGGACCGGCGAAGUACACGCGACAGAUCGCCUCAGCCGCCGACGGGGCGCAUGUCCACUCUGACGGUCGAUACGGGCCGACCGUCCAACAUGUCACUCGCUGCUGCUCCUCCCUCGCCGCUUCUGGAGUCCUACCGCGGCACGUACCAGGACUGCUCGCCCAUGCCCUCGCCUCUGCUACUCCCCUCUGGCCACCCGAGCGACGACCCCAGGAUUUUGGAAGCAAUCUCCCCCAUCGGAUCUGACAACGAGCUCGAUGACAAAAAGCGUAGCAGACGGGCCCGAUUCCACGACGCUGAAGACAUCACAACCCGCUUGGCCAAUGCUCUGAAAGGUGAUGGCCCGCCUGACAAGCGAGUACUCACCGAGAUCCUGCCAAGCCUGACGCACGAGCAGGUCAUGAACUUGCGAGCAGACUACAAGAGCCUUGUCAAGACCGGAUCUCACCGCAAGGGUGUUAACAUCGCGAAACACAUUCGGGCCCGUCUCAAGGAUGAGAACCCCAACCUUAUGAAGGCAUGCUACUCUGUAGCACUCGGUAUGUGGGAGAGUGAGAGCUACUGGGCCAAUUUCUGGUAUCAAGGCGACAAGACCCGCCGUGAGCUGCUUAUUGAGUCGUUGAUGGGUCGCACGAACGAAGAGAUUCGACAGAUCAAGAGCGCCUUUACGGACAAGAAAUACGACAACAGUCUCACAAAGUGCAUGAAAACCGAACUCAAGGAAGACAAGUUCAAAAAGGCCGUCCUCAUGGUGCUGGAGGAGCGCAGGAUGGACGAUUACGACCACAACGGUCGCAAGAUCCCUCUUGAUUACAAGUUGGUGGACGAAGACGUUCACAGUCUGCGCCAAGCCAUCAAGGCUGAAAAGGGAGGCGAGAGUCUGAUGAUCUCCAUUGUUGUGCAACGCAGCGACAACCAUCUACGUGAAGUGCUGAAGGAGUACGAUCAUGUGUACCGCGCCAACUUCGCUCGGGACUCACUGAAGAAGAGCACAAACUUGGUUGGCGAACUCCUGGCACACAUCCUCAACGGCGUCAUCAACCGCCCCGUCCGCGACGCUUUACUCCUCCACCACGCCAUCUCCACGUCACGCAAGGAUGAGCUGCGCCACGAGCUGCUGACCUCGCGGCUUGUGCGGAUUCACUGGGACGCUGCCCACAUGUCUGCGGUCCGCAAGGCCUACCGGUCACGCUACGAGAGAGAGCUACAGGAGGCCGUCGCAGAGUCCACAAGCGGGCAAUGGGGUGCUUUCUGCGAGGAGCUCUGCAUCGCGAGGGUGCCAAACGAUGUAAGGCGCGUGGAAAGGGUUUCCUCACGUCGAUAG